UGCCAUUGGUCCGUUCGGCCAACGCUCCGGCGGCUGCCCGUGCGGCGCGGCCAAUGGGCUCAUUGACAUGCAAAUGAGAGGGUAUAAGUAGGACGGCGCGGUGCGGAGAGCGGAGCCGGAGGAGAGCGGAGCGGGCGGGCGCUAUGGCGCCCUCUUUCCGGCCCGGCAAGGGCCGCCCGCCGCGGGGCGACGAUGGCUGCGCGGAGGCCCGGGCCGACAGGAGGACGAGGAAGCCGCUGGUGGAGAAGAAGCGCCGGGCGCGCAUCAACGAGAGCCUGCAGGAGCUGCGGUCGCUGCUGGCCGACAGCGAGUUUCAGGCGAAGCUGGAGAACGCGGAGGUGCUGGAGCUGACGGUGCGGCGGGUGCAGGCCGUCCUGGAGCGCCGCUCCCUCGGUGAGUGCCGGCGGGACGGCGGGGGGGGCCGGGCCGGCCGGGCCGGGCCUCGCCUCACCCCGCUCCCCUCUCUGUCUCCCCCCGGCGCAGAGGGCGGGCGGCUGCAGCGGGAGGCCAGCGAGCGCUUCGCCGCCGGCUACAUCCAGUGCAUGCACGAGGUGCACACCUUCGUCUCCGGCUGCCCCGGCAUCGACGCCACCACGGCCGCCGAGCUGCUCAACCACCUGCUGGAGUCCAUGCCCCUCGACGAGGGCGGCUUCCCGGACUUGAUGGCGGACGUUUUGGCAGAUCCCUGGCCCGGCAGCGAGGCGUUGGCCGCGGCCAGCCUGGCUCUCCCCGCCUCGGCGCCCUCGCCUUCCCCCAGCGAGGAGACCUGCUCCGACUCGGAGGAGGCGGAGGCCGAGCCCGGCCAGACCUCCGCCGACGGACUGGACGCUUCCCGGACGCGCGGCCUGCCUUCGCCCAGCUUACCCAAAUCCAUGUGGAGACCCUGGUAACAGAGGAGCGGCGCAGGAGGGGACGCAGACCUACCUAGCAGGGAGAGCAGCGGGCCCUCGGCUCCCCUGCCAGCAGCUGCGGGGCCGUCGGGCCCGUGGCUGGCAGCGCGGGGCUCGGGGACUGCAUCCAUGGCGCUCUGACGCUGUCAUGCCCUGGCAGGCUAAUAGCUAAACGCGUUAACAUUUCAUCCCCGUGUGCGUGCGGCAUUUUGUAACGUUAGGGGUUGUUUUUAUGGGGGGAGGGAAGAGGGGAGGUGGUUUUUAGUAGCAAAGCUCUUCAGUGGAUACACAGCAGUUAUUUUAUAACCUUAUCUCUUUCUCUUGUGGCCCUUAUAAGUGGCCCAAAUAUCACUACCUUUUUCUUGUAAGAAAAAGCCCUUGUACAUUUUAAGUCGUGGUGGUUAACUCCGUGAGAAGCUCGAGUUAAGCCUGCAUGCAGAGUUUUAAGUGUUCUAGUGAUAGCAAAGAUCCCUGAAAGGGGUUGGUGUGGCUAGCAUCUGUACGCAGUAGCAGUCUAGAGUCUCGCCUUCAGUGAAGGGAGAGAAAGCUAGAAACCUGGCUGAAUUAGACGAACAUUUAAAGAGAUAUUGGUGGCAGGGUGCCUUUUAGAAGUGAGUGUCUUUAUGCACAUUUUGCUUUUAGCACAUUUGAGUUUAUUGUGACUUUAUGUAUAUUAGGGUGUCAAAUGUUUUUAUUUUUAAUCUUUAAUAAAAAAAAUACUGAAUUCACAACUGAUUGCAUGUAUUGUGGAGUGUGGUGCCCUUCUAACCGGUUAAAAAAAUUAAAAAUACAGUUCCCUAUUGUUAAGUAUUAACAAAAGUGUGGAAACAAUGCCAGUAAUUAAGCACUUAAUUCUUGUACUAAGCAUUGUUAGCUCAAGUAUUGGAAUUCAAAUGUUUCUUUUGUUUAAUACUAGGAGACACUUAAGUUAUUGCAGUGAGCAAGGUCAUACUGGUGGCGGGUUGAUCUUAGGCCACGGAUUUCAGGGCUAGUUUAUCUGGAUGCCAGUCUCAAACCUACUCUGCUUGAUCUGCCAUCUGAAGGCAUUGCUCAUAGAGCUACAGGCCUAACUUCAGAAGUGCUAGGCAAAUCCUGUCCUGGGGCAUGACUUCACAGGGGGGUUGGUGGGGUUUGGUUUUUUUUUUUUGCUUUGGUUGUUUAGAGGUUUGGUGGGGUUUGUUUGUUUUUUGUUGGUUUUUUUUUUUUUUUGCUCUUGAAUGCAAAGUUGAAUAGAGUGUGCAAUGGAUGUGGAAAGUAUUCUUUAAAAUUAAAAAAGUGUUUCUAGGGGGCUGGGGUACACUCUUACAGCUUUCCUGUGCAUGAGGUUUGACACCUCCCCUGUUCCUACUUCUGGGAGAUGCCAGGUUAUUUAUGCUGUGAUAAUAGCUUUCAGAGAGCUGUCAUUGUAAAGAGAAAAACAAAAAGGAAUGUAAAGUUGCUUAAUACAUGGAAGUUCCUAAACAUAGAACAAGCAAGAAAGGAAGCAACCUAACUACCAAGGGACUAGACAUGUAACUUUCUUUUGUUAACAACCCUAUGGAAUAAUAAAAAUGGAAACUAAGACCUCU